AUGCCAGAUCCUCACGAAAAUCUCCGCUUCACCAUCCCGGGAAACGUGUUUAUGUCUGAUAGCCUGAUGUUGCAGAUCAGUGCUCUGUAUCCCGGCGGCACUUGGACAAACAUCCUGAGCCGCGACCUGCUGAAGCUCGUGCCCGGUCUCAAAGGCUGGAAGUACCGAGAGGAAUAUUUGACACCACUCUGCAUCUUCCUGAUCGACAUCACCGACCAGGUUUCCAUCGACUGGCUAGCGGCGCAAGCCGCCGCGCAGGCUGCGAAGAAGAUGAAAGAGGACAUCGAAGCCAAGGGACCGUCUCCAUUUUUGACUCUGCCAUCCGACAUUCGCAUCCGCAUACACGACAUCAUUGCUUCCAGCAUGCAUCCGAGGAGUGGCGGCCUUGAUCGAGGCUGCAUUCAAACAUAUUGGAAUGGGGAGAUGGACGGAGAUCGUGUACCGCUUACGCGAUCCUUCAGAUUCGAGUUUGGUGACGACGUUGUACGAGUCGAGCUUCGAGGUGCACCAUCAAGAAUCGGCUUCGGCGACAGCACCUUUCGCGUUAACGAAAAUCUCCAACCACUGCGACCGGCGGAAAGCGAGGCUGCACUGAAGGAAAAGGUCAAGAUUUCGUCGCCAUCUGCAUGGAUUGUGAAGCGGCAAGAGGCACAACAGGGGCGCGAGGACGAAUUCGAGGUAAAGGUGCAGGGCUACGUUGAGUCUCUCCUGGUGGAAGAAGAGGACGGCGCAGUCCACCUCACCGCGAAAGGCGUGAACAAGAUUCUCGAAUAUCUUUGA